AUGGCUGGCACUCAGCAGUACCAGUAUCCUCCUCCACCACCUCCACCCGGCCCUCCUCCUUCGAACCAUCAACCGCAGCAUCAACAAUACGGAUAUGCGCAGCAACCUGCUCCAUAUCAGCAAGCACCACGCGGUGGCGGUCCUCCUCGAGGUGGCAGAGGUGGCGCUCAGGGCGGUCGAGGUGAUUUUCAUGGAAAUGCUCCCUACAAUCCACAAAAUCCCAGCGCUGGCUUCAAUGCUCAUCAAGGUCCUACGCCUGGAUUCAAUGGUCCCAAUGGUCAGCAGGCUCCUGCCCCAUACAUAGGUCCUCAAGCUCCUGGCCCUCAAGGUCAGCAAGGUCCUGGCUACAGCGGUCCUGGUCAAUGGAACAAUGAUCACAAUCAACAUGGCCCGGGUCCUCAGCAACAUGCUCCUCAAUCGCAUGGCCCUCAACAGCAUGCUACCCCGCAUCAUGGCCCUCCCCAUGGUCCGCCUCAACAGCAUGGUCCUGGUCCGCAACACCAUGGCCCUGCCCAUCACAACCCUGCGCAACAACAUCAACCACCGAUGCAACAUGGCCCUCAAGUUGCUCCUUUGCAGGCUCAGAACUAUCACCCCAACUACGCUCCGCAAACCUUCCAGCCACCACAGGCCUAUGGUCAACAACCACCGCAGCCAUUCCAACCACCGCAACCAUCUUACAAUCAUGGUCAUGCUGGUCCUACGCCUCCACAUGGUCCACCUGCAUGGAACGGUCCUCCUCAACAAACCCGCCCACCCUUCAAUAACAACCGAGGAGGCCGUGGUGGUUUCACUGGUGGUCGUGGCGGACAUGAAGCUCCUCUCAUGGGCCCACCAAUCCGUAUGGGAUUUGACAAUGAGCGAGGCGGUGGCCAUAUGACUCAAGCGAGCAAUGGCUUCCCUCAGCAGUAUCCGAGUCACACUCCACCAGCUCCGUUCACUCAGCCAUAUCAAAAUUACCCACCUCAGGAUUUCUCUCAAGGAGGACAGCGUCCAUCACUUGACCCCAAUCCAUACAACUCUGGUCCAAUUAGGGGCAGAGGAGGAAAUAAUAAUUUCAGAGGCAGAGGUCGUGGUGAUUUUCAACAAUUUCGUGGUCGUGGAGACGGCCGUCAUAAUCACAAUAAUGGCCACAGAGCUACUUCAGAGAACUUCCACAAGCCUGCAGGUGCAGAUGCUAAUGGCAAGAAGAAGAAGAAGCGUCGCACGAACACUCUUGGUCUUACACCCAAUGGCGUUGAUCAUGAAGAUAGUGAUGACGAAGUUGAUGACGCCGAUGAAGAGGCUCGUCUUGUUACUUUGCUUGGCCCUGACACUCCACAGCUCCCUACUGAUCUGGAUGCAUGGCUCGCUGAGCGAAGAAGUCGUUAUCCUACGAAAGCUCGUAGAGAUGCUGCCGCUGAAGAGCUUCGUCAACGACGUGAGCAAAACCGUCAGAAGAGACACAAUGAUCAGCACGGCAAUAAGGUCAUCAAGAAGGAGGAUGGAGAGACCAAGAUGGAAAAGCAACAGCGCAAGGCCGAGAAGCUCAGACUUGAACUUGAAAAGACUGAACGCAGAAUCCAGGAGCAAAUGUCUGGCGGUGGCAAGCGCAAGCGUGAGGAUGGUGACGAAGGCGACAAUGACCGUGGUCAAGUGAGCGAUGCCGGAUCCGAUGGCUCAUCUGGGUCGGAGUCCGAGGCAGACCAGCCAGAGACAGUAUCCAGCCGCCACCAUGUUCCCUUCCAUGUACAACAGCCACCCAAAGCCCAACUCCAGCGUCAUUGCAAGUACUUCUCAACUGGCGGUACGUGUGGCAAGAAGGGCAAGUGCCGCUUUGUACACGAUCAGGAGGUCCGAAACCAAGCUUUGAGAGACAAGGAAGCAAAUGGUGGGAAGAUGACUCUUGCUCAGCGUCUCAUUCUGAACGACACUGCUAAGGAUGAUCUGACAAUCUUGAAGUCGAUCAAGUACCUCAAGGAGAAGGGUCUCAUGUCAGAACAACUCACUGGCCUCCCCCGCCAAGAUGACUACAAGGAUGAAGAGAAUGGUUACGCUGAGAACCUCAACUAUGGGGAUAACUAG